ACACAAGCUCCCGUAUCCAUUGAAAAUAAUAAUUGAAUUUUUGAUUUUUGUUGCAUAUCAUUUCAGUUACUACAGUGAAUAUUGGGUGGCAUGUUGUUCGAUUUCAGUUGCAGGUGAAUGAAGCCGCUCUUCUGCAUCCAUGUACUCCAUGCAGAAUCAAGAGCUCUGUAAAAUAACGAAGUUCGUUGAAUGAUAAAGCCUCUUUUCGGGCAAAGCAGAGAACAAUCACCAUGUAUCAGUAGUCAGUGCGUUUGGCUUCGGUGAAAUGGUCCACAAUAUUUUCGCAAAUACCGAAUUGGAGGUUCUGCGCUGAAUUGUCACCCUUCCCUGUAUAGUAACACAGCUUGCUGCGCGCACAGCGACUAGGAUUGUGAUGGAGAGAGUCGGGAUGAUUGAAGGCCGACACACUGAUCGCCACGAAGUCUCGACCAAACCCAGUAAAGCAUUGUCUGCUCGUAUAUUGCACAUAGACGACACCACCGGAACCAGACUUGUACUCAACAUCAAUGAGGAACUAGCCCUAAAGAUCAGGAUUUCUUGUGCAAGGAAGAAGGCUGUAUUCACUGCGUCAGUAGCCAAGUGCAGACGAACUGCAUUGGAGAUAGUCAAUGAAAUGUUAUACCGUCAAGGGUGGCGAAUGCACGUCGAAUGGAUGCAGUCAUCGAAUGUGCUGCCAUUCAUCGAGAUACUAAUCGGCACGGAGCCUCCACCUGCCAACACUAAAAUAUUUCUGGAUAUGGAUGACAUUGUGCCGACAACAGUCGACGGUCGCGUGAAACUGGAGCAGAUGCGUGCCAGUGGCAUGCUUUUUACAGUGGAGCAAAUAGUCCUGAACAAGACGGACAUGUCUGUAUGCAUCCAAAGCGCCGUCACUAACUUACAGCAGCGGUACAUGAACGUAGAAAGUGCAAAUCAUGAGGUUAGAGCACGGCUUAAUCAGCUUUCUCCAGCCCUUAAGAGGCGAUUCAGUCAAAUUGAAGUGGAUAUUGGUAUCAUGAAGGCACAGGCCGAUAGCGCCGGGGCACUCAUCCGCUCAGCCCAUGCAGAUCUUUAUGAGCGCAAUGCCGAGUGUGCUAAGUAUGCACAAUCUGUAGCUGCUGUCAUCAGUAUGGCAUCCUCUUCUUCACUGCCUGCAUAUAUACAUUCAACAGUGCAACAGCCGGUGCCCGCAGCAAUAACCAACGCUGGUGCGUCACGUACAAAAGAACCAGCUGAGGGCCAUAGCAGUGCCGCGCCAUAUCUAGAUCAGCGUGCCGCGAAUGCUGGCAGGCCUGCAGUCAAUAGUCAUGCUGCUUCUAAUAUUAAUGCCAACCCAGUGCCUGCUAUUUUGGCCCAUGCUCGCCAGGGACCCCAGUCCCAGCUUCACCAGCAACUGUCCAUUGACCAUCAAUCUCAUGCUGCAUCACAUCAUCAGCAGCAGCAGUACCACUCGACUCUCAGUGGGCAUGCGCCGGACAUGCGAUAUCAUGCACAGCAUAGUCUUGGAGCCAGCCAGCUGAUAGCAGCGGCGGCGGUCUUGCCUUCUGCCAUGUCCCAGCAGAUAACACCAGGUACGCUUAACGUCCCGAGAGAAUCCAUGGCUGUUCCUACGUCGUCAGGUGCAGUACCUGUAACCAUCCCAGCAAGUUCCAGCUCCAUGUCAUUGACUAAUUCUUCGGCAACAGCUACACAAGGUAGAGUAUCUGCUGCUGUGGCUGCAGUGCCAGUACAAGUGCCAGCAGCAGUGGCAACCAGAAUUCAUGCUCGCACUGUCCCGAUUCCCUCCGCUGCUGCAGUAGCGUCAGCAGCGAGUACUGCUAGCAAAGACCUGCCACCUCCUCCUCCAGUAAGUACUGCCUCCUCGUCGUCAUCGUCAUCGUCGUCCUCGUCUUUUGUGCCCGUCGAUUGCGAAGAAGCUAGUUCAGUGGUCUGUGUUGUUCCCGUCAAGAGAUCAACAUUAUCUACUGCUCAAUCUCUCACUGCAUCAGCACUGUCUUCAGCAUCAGCGUCAAGCAGCGGUGGCGGUGGCGGCAUGUCAAGAAAUGCUCUAUGUACGGCGGCCUCUGGUCAGGUACACCAGCAUGAGCUGGUGCUCACACCGCACAGGGCAUCGCGUCCCUACAUGACAGGCAACCGUCCGCCCAUUGCCUGGGCUCCUCCGACUGCUACCCCCGUCGUCGUAGCACCCUCCCCCGCCGCCACCGCCGCCACCACCAUCACCGCGCUGGCAACUCAUGGUGAAGCGUCGCCGCUCAGCGUUACAGCACAGCCGCGCAGUCCUGGCACAGCUGCUGCUGCUGCUCUGCCUAGUCGUACUGCUGCUGCCAGCACUCCAGGGCGCUCAGCUAAUUCUGAGAGCAUUGCACCGGCUCUAACUAGCUCCAUAGGAGAAGGUACAAACACCACGGCUAGUCGACAUGGUGACACGGACAGGAGGGCAGCAACUAACGCCUUGACAAGCGCGCAUCAACGCCUGCAGCAGGAAUAUAAUGCACGUGCUGUUGCUGCCAAUCCUGCUGCUGCGAGGAAAGAUAAAACCGCGAAGAAGAGGAAUAAAUCGCCGUCAUCAUCAAAGCCCGCGUCACCCAACAGCAUUGGUCGAGCUUCACCUGCUAUGCCUGCUGCCGAGUUUCUGGAUGAGGAGCCUGUCACAGUUGAAAUCAAUGUACCUGGAGAUGCCUUUGUUGCAGAGCCAGCAGCAGCUCCUUUGCCUGUGUCAUCAAGGCCAGCGUCAACUGCUAAACGGCGAUUCGAUUUGAAACCGUCGCAACGUGUGUGGGUGCUUGGUUCUGACGACUGGUUUGUGCGAGGCCGGAUUAAGAAAACCAAGAAAAACGAUGUUGGAGCGGAAGAGAUCACCGUUGUUUUGAAUACGGUGAUGUCAGCGCCUGACAGCAUGGCCGGCGUCAGUAAGGGUGGUGGUGGUAUGGUGUCCGAGCUAACGGGAGACAACCUGGAGAUAGCAGUUAUACUGGACAAGAGCGACACGAGCGACCACCUGCUCGCACUGGGAUUGCCAGUUGUCGCGCCGUAUGACCCACUGGCACACAUGUACUCGGGAGUUGUAGCUGAGCCUCCAUGCUCGUACAACCGCAAUCGCUUUCUGAUAUUCUUUGAUGAUGGCCUGGCUCGAUAUGUCCACCAAUCCAAUGUGCAUCCAUUGGUUCAGAAGCAGUUUCCAGAUGAUGAUAGUGACACUGCGAGUAAAGUCUUUUUGGAAAGCUACUUCAGGGAUAUUGUUCGAGGCCUUAACCUACUUAUUGAGUUCCAACCAGGCCAGGAGUUUAAAACUGAGUGGAAUGGCGAUUGGCUAAUGUCAAGGGUGACUAGAAUCGACAGUAGUUUGGUUGAGGUCAAAUACGUCGUUACCAGUUUGACUGAGGCCCAGCCCAACUUUCCGCGCACGGAGUGGCUCCACCGUGGAUCGCCGCGUCUCCAACCUGUCCAAGACGCAAAGGACGUGUUAAAGAAGAAGCCAUGGCGGAAGUUGGACCCGGUGAAAUUUGCCGUCAUGUCAGACACGGUGCGCUACUAUGCAACGUUCUGCACGGCAAACGGACCACGUUCACUUGGCGACGUAUCCCUGGAUCGCGGCUCUGCCAGCGGUAAUGCCCAGGUGUCCGGCGCGAACUCAGCGCCGCAGCAGCAAAGCAAGCGACGGCCAAGAGUGCCAACAGCUGUGGCUGUCGCCGUUGGUGGGAGCGACUCGUCAGCAUCGCCCUCCCCACAGAGCCAGCCACAGUUGAAAAAGCAGGGCUGGCGAAGUCUCGAGCUUAAAGACUACCCGGCCUGGAAGGAGAAACGGGUAUUGAGAAGGCAGAUGAGAGAAGAGAGACGACGGAAGCAGGGCAAGAAAGGCAAGAAAAACGCUAGUAGCACGGCGGAUGAUCCUUGCCAAGAAGCCACCACAGCUGGCACAAGGACGGAGUCUCCACCCAACGGUGAUGAUGUUGAGAGGCGUGCAAAUGAUAGCCGGAUUGCUUCAACUCAUGCCGCAAUAUCCUCCAGUAGUCUUCAUGAUGAACCCAUGAUACCGGAGGUUGACGAGGAUGACAACAGGACGUCUGCCGCGUACAGAGGCAAGAGUCCUCUGCUUGAACACGGCCAUCCUGAUCCAGAACACUCUGAUCUGAACGCUAAUGUUGCCUUUCUCAUCACGGAGGACCCAGAGGCGCUCGGUGUCAAUCUUUUACCAGAUUCGGAUAGCUGUCCGGACGUUCCGUUGCCUCGCUGUCCGGGCGUUCCCUUGCCUCGCUGUCCGGACGUUCCCUUGCCUCGCUGUCCGGACGUUCCCUUGCCUCGCGCUUCAGACAUCCCCUCCGUUACCGUGCGUCCGGCAACGCCGUGCAGUGCAGACGGGCAACGAGAGCAAGGGCAGCAGAGCCCUGUUAGUGAUAGCGACUGUACCAUAGCUAGCCGUGAUGUUAUGGCCGACAAACGUGCCGGCAGCACGGAUCAACACCGACGUAGUGCAUUCACAGCCGUGGCCAAGCUACGCUCGUCCAGUCGCGGGUCUGCUAGCAGUAUGGGUGACUCGGAUCAGUAUUGGGUUUCUGACCCCGAAGACCUUUCUAUGGAUGAAGAAGAGCUCAACGCUGUGUCUGCUUCGAAUGCAAGAUCUGCUGUCCCUGCUCCUAUUUUCUCCCCUCUUCUCACGUCUUCUGGGCCCUCAUCCAGACCUGCCACACCGCCAGUGUCAGAUUCCACACGUCUCCCACAACCCGCUACCAUCUCUACCAUGGUGACUAGCUUCACCAGCUCUACAACCUCCGCCAGUGUGAGUGCUAGUUCCAGUACUAGCUCGAUGCAGUCUUCACACGGGGCCUCUGAUACUGCAUCCCUGCUGCUGGAGAAGUUCAAGCGAAAGUUUCCUGCUUAUGCAUCGCCAUCCGCGCCGGACCCUCAUUCCACACAACCAAAGUCCCUAACAGCACAGCAAGAACAGCAGCAGGACUCUCUGGCAUCAGCGAGUGCAGGCGCGCGUGCGUCUGUUGAUUUGGCGCCAGGGUACUCGCCUGUGGCGAGAGCGGUGGUGCGUGGAGAUAGUGUGACGUGCAAGGACUACUCCGGUGUGCUUCUACCCGUCACCGCUAUCACAGUGGAUGAACAGCGGCUGGCCAAGGACUGCGGUUCACCGGCCUUUCCCGCCGCCACGCCGUCACCUUGCCAGGAGCUGAACAUGCGGCGUGACAUUGCCACCAGUGGCAGCCCCUCACACAAUGAGUUAAACAGUAAACAUGAGUGGCAGCCUGAGGUUGACAUGGAACGGCCGCAGUAUGUUUCUCACAAGUGCAGCGGUAGGUGUGCUAACUGGGAGGUUGUCCCAUCUGAAAUCCUCUACUCAGCCGGCCUCUUUUCUCGACCUCUUCUAGCUGGCUGGAAACGAGAGAAACGCUUGAUCCGGGGUGAUGGCCGACAACUACUCGAACACUGCACGUAUCAGGCGCCGGCACCGUGCUUGCGGCGAUUGCGGAACAUUGAGGAACUUGAACAAUACCUGCACAGGACUGGUACGUCAAACGUGACGAUUGACCAGUUUAGUUUUGACCCGCAGAUCCGUCUUGCUGGCAUUGAUGCGUCUCAUCAGAACCUGGUGUUACUAAGCAGCGACAUCACAGGUGGUAGUGAGAAGCUGCCAAUUCUUGGUAUGGGGCAUAAUCAUACCGUGACUCUUCCUCAAUUCCAGUACUCGCCCAAAGACGUUUACGGCACUGUGCGACCAACUGCCGACCCGGAUUUCCUCGUUUGCUGUGAUUGUACGGAUGGGUGUUUGGACAAGGACAAGUGUGCAUGCCAGAGGCUGAGCAAGGAGGCUUCCAGGAUCAACUCUGUGCAGGAGAACAAUGCAUACGCGUACAGUCAGCGUCGCAAGCUUGCACACACCAUCUCCGCUAUCUACGAGUGUAACUCGCGGUGUAGCUGUUCAUCGACUUGCUCCAAUCGUGUUGUCCAACACGGCCUUCAGCUACGUCUUGUUGUGUACAAUGAUGGCACGGCAAAGGGGUGGGGUAUAUUCAGCUUGGACGACAUACCGAAGGGCACGUUUGUCUGCACCUAUGUUGGCAUGCUGUUGACUGAGGAAGAAGGCAAUGCGACUGGUGCGGUGUGUGGAGACGAAUACUUUGCUGACUUGGAUCAUAUAGAGCAAUGCGGACGUCAGAAGGCGGGCUUUGAACAGUCGGCGGUGGACUUCAGCUAUUCCAGCAGCACCCUGGAACUGUCCAGCUUGACUCCGGCCACGAGUGAGAGUGACGUCCAAUCUGAAUCCGAGUCCCCAUUCAGAUUGGAUGCAGCUCCUACGCGUGCUCUAGCUACACACCCUAGCCCCGAUACUGCUACUGCUGGUGCUGAUUCUGCCCUCGCCGGCAGGCGAACUGUCCCGUGUAAGCGGCCAGCAGGACCCUCUGACUCUAGUACUAGUAGCAACCUGCAACUAGUGCCUGUUUCAACACAGUCACAGUACAGAACGGCCAGCUUCCUCAAGCCAUCCUCCGCUGGCAAUGCCAACGCCGGCGGUGGUCUCUUGUCACGUGAUGCCCGCACACCGUCCUCCAGCAGCAGCUCCAGUGGCAGCACGUUCAGGCGCCGUCAGCCAAUCAAGAGGGCAUGGAUAAAACCCACAUCAACCUCAUCAGAGACGAAUGACGCAUCCUUGACUUCCACUCGGCGAACGGUGUUUGGUGAUGAGGAAGAUGACGUUCCGGCUGCGAAGAAGACAAUGGUAACACCGGCGCGUAUGAUCUCCCCACCGCUGAGCUCCGAUAAUGGUGUGACGCCACCACUGUUGAGCAGCAGUGGAGGGGGUGGCGGUGGUAGUAAAUGCCGACGCACCACUGUCCGUGCCUCGACCGGUGGUAGCCAGUUCUCACAAGGAGGACGCAGCACGCUGGAGCCCAUAGUUAUCGGCGACAGCGACGACAGCUCGGCAGGUUCGCCGCCGCCGCUGGCAUGGCGCAAUGCUUCUGCUGCCGAGUUGCCACUGCCACUACACAUCACUGUCGAUAGAGCAGACGAUGCACAUGACACAUCGAGCGCUGAGCACAACACAUCGGCAGACAACGUCGCCACAUCGCUAUCAAGCGACGGACCCAAGGCUAGUCAAGAGCAGCAGCAGCACUCGCCAAGCGUGAUCUCUGAUGAAGAAGAUGCACCGUUGCUGCGCAAGUACUUUGGUGACCGGCAUCCCGUUAUCCUGGAUGCCAAGAAGAUUGGGAACGUGGGUCGCUUCAUUAACCACUCCUGUGACGCCAACCUGUUUGUGCAGAACAUUUUCAUGGAGACGCACGACCUGCGCUUUCCCACCGUCGCUUUCUUUGCCAUGCGUAACAUUGCGGCGGGCACAGAGCUGACCUGGACGUACGGAUACGAAGUUGGCUCUGUCAAAGGAAAAUACAUGCAAUGCCUGUGUGGUGCGCCAAACUGCAAAGGUCGCCUUCUUUAGCAGACCAUCGUCUGUCUCUGGCCUCCUAUACUGGCGGCGCUGCUUUGUGCCAUGUUCUCUUGAUUUCCUGUGCUGGUUUUUCAAUUAAUCGUCAAACUGGAAAUUCUACACCGAGUAAGUAUUGUUCUUUGCACUGUGGCCUGUGUGGGUGGGUUUAGUAGCUGCAUGCAGUUUACCAACAUGCUUUCACUGCUCCCGCUUGUUGUCGUUCCUUGGUUUUAUGUUGGCUAUCCCGCAGAAAUUCCGAUGAUUUUGCGGGCUCUGGUACGAUGAGUGUGUCCGCCUCUUUUUUUCUUUUCUUUUUUUUUGUCUUGAGCUGAUUCCCUUGAAAGUAUCGAACAAAUCCGCCCCCUCCUCGUCCUCCUCUUCCUCUUCCUACUCCCGUAUUAUGCUCCCAUCUGCCGCCUCUAGUGUGUCCUGUGGCCUGUUUUACUUCGUCGACAGUUUUAUUUUCGCUUUAUUCCCAGGCUGGCUCUUCAGUCUGUGCUCCGCCGAUUCUCUACAAGGUUGAUUCUAUCACCUACAACUCCGUACAUGUAUGUAUACAUCUUCAGUUUUUAUCUUGGCAUGAGUAUAAUUAUUAUAACCCUCAUA